AUCAAUAACCUGAACUGUUUGUUCAGUUUCUGGUAUCUUGCUUUAUUUUCUCAGGUGUUCAUCCAAGUAGCAUUGAGAUGCCUACAAUUCCAUUCUUACCAUAUUCAAUCCUUGUGGGAAAUCUGAGCAUCUUGUGUUUGGGGCUUACAGUAUAUUGGAGUCAGCACUGGCUUGGCGGCUUUGCCUGGGAUGGUUCUCGUAAGAUGUUUAAUUGGCACCCAGUUCUCAUGGUGACAGGCAUGGUGAUCUUAUAUGGUAUAGCAGCACUAGUGUACCGUUUGCCCUUUUCCCAAAUGGGUUCCCUGCUCUCUCGGAAGGUGCUGCAUGCAACACUUACUUUGAUAGCAUUCAUCUCUGCCAUUUUGGGAUUGGAGGUAGUUUUCAACUUUCACAAUGUGCAGAAGAUCCCCAACAUGUACUCUCUACACAGCUGGCUUGGGCUCACUGCUGUACUACUUUUUUCAUGCCAGUGGUUAAUGGGAUUUGCUUCUUUUCUGUUGCCUUGGACGCCCAUCUGGUUCCUAGUCCUCUACAGACCUGUCCAUCUUUUCUUUGGUUCUGUCAUCCUUGGCUUGUCUACUGCAUCCUGCAUCUCAGGCAUUAAUGAGAAGUUAUUCAUGAGAUUAACAAAUUCAACAACACCGUAUUCCCAGCUUCCUGCAGAGGCUUGGUUUGCCAACAUUCUGGGAAUGCUGAUUUUGUGGUUUGGUAUGUUAGUGUUGUUGGGUCUUGCCAUACCAGGAUGGAAGCAUUCGGAUGUGAAUUCAUAA